AUCGAGGCAUUGCCUUAAGUAUCUCGAACGUUACGAGAAGAGAUAUUAAAUCAAACGAAUUCCAUGAAAAUUGAAUUUUAUUUACGGCAUUGACUUUAACACUUAUUGCGAUUCUUUGAGAAAUUUUUUAUCUUUCGCUGAAGGUUUUGAAGAAUCAGCAUGAUGUACGACGUACAGAAUAAAACCGUAAUGAUCACUGGAGCAGCUCGUGGAUUAGGCUACAAAUAUGCCGAGAUAUUACUUCGUAAUGGUGCAAAAUGUGUUGCCAUAGUCGAUUUGCCAACGUCGAACGGACAGGAUGCAGCGGUGACAUUGGAAAAGGAAUUUGGAAAGGAUAGAGCUGCCUUUUACGCCUGCGACGUAAUUAAGGCAGAAGAUCUGGAAAGAACGUUCAAGGAGAUUGUGGAAACGUUCGAGGGGCUCGACAUUAUUAUUAAUAAUGCUGGUAUAUUAGAUGACAAACACUGGGAGCGGAUGAUCGAAGUCAAUAUCAAGGCGGUGAUAUGUGGCUCUCUCUUGGCAAUGGACCAUAUGGGAAAACAUAGAGGUGGCGAAGGUGGUGUAAUCGUGAACAUUGCAUCGAUAGCUGGAUUAGUCCCAUGUAGUUUUGCACCGAUAUAUACCGCUACGAAACACGCCGUUCUUGGAUUUAGUCAGGCUCUGUCACAUACGUACGACGAGACUGGAGUACGAGUUCUUAUCAUGUGUCCCGGCUCUACGGACACUUCAAUAGCUAAAAAUUUCUGGGAUAGAACAUGCGAACUUAUUUAUAGAUUAAGUGUGGUUAGAAACGAAAUAGGAACACUGAAAUGUCUGAAACAAUCUCCCGAUCAUGUAGCACUUGCAAUGUUAGAUCUCAUCCAAAAGGGUGAAAAUGGGGUUGCUUGGGUCAGCGAAAACGGUGAACCACCUUACGCCAUAGAUUUUAUUCAUUAUUCCAAGCGAGCUCUGCCUGUAUAAAAAUUAUAUUUGAUAACUUUUUUCGCAUUUGUUAAUAAAAUAAUAUCGAGAAAACGCUCGAUCAUGUCUCUCAAGAUGUCAAGAUGGUGAUACGUGGCACACUCUUGGCAAUGACCAUAUAGUCAAACGUAAUAUUAACAAAGGUGUAAUAGUGAAUAUUUUAUAUAUAGUCGGAUUGUUUUUAUACACCGUUUUUAUAUUCCGCCUCGAAAUAUGCCGUUCUCGAAUUUUAUUAGGCAACGACAGAUUUGUAUGAUAAGAUUGGAUUAUGAAUUGUCAUGUGUCCAGGCGUUACAGUAAUAGCGUUAGUUGCAAAUAUUUUUGUAAAAAUUUGUGACACUGUGAACGCUAUAUACGGCGAUGUCGAUAACUUCAAAACAAACCUUCCGACAUAGUUAGUCGAUUACGUACAUUUGUAACGUUAGAUCUUAUCUUAUCGUAACAAAAAAUAUGGGUCAGCGAAGAUAAUCAAUUAUCUUACAUAAGAAUUUAUCCAUUAUUCCAAGUGAUCUCUGUCUAUAUAAAAGUCAUAUUUAAUAACAUGUUUUUUUACUAUUUUUUUUCACAAGACCACAUAAUGAUAAAAUAUUACAUUAGUUAUGUAUAAUUGAUGACAUAUUUCAAUCUUAAAAUAAACACUUGAUAUUAAA